CAGGCAGGCGCUGAGAUUCCGUGGGGUGUCGCCAUCCGCUUAAGGCUGAGGCAGGCACGGUGACAAGCUGGUCUGCUCAGAUGCAGAACUGAGCCCUGCUGGGAGCAUACCCUGGAGCACCCUGGAUUGCUCCUAGGGCCCAGCAGCCACACAUAAGCCAUGCACUGCUCAGCUGUACUCCUGCUGGUCCUCCUGGCUGGCGGGAUGGAGGCCUUUCGCAUUUGCGCCUUUAAUGCCCAGCGGUUGACACUGGCCAAGGUGGCCAGGGAGCUUGUGAUGACCACCUUAGUUCGGAUCGUGGCUCGCUGUGACAUCAUGGUGCUGCAGGAGGUGGUGGACCGUUCUGACAGCACCAUCUCCCUCCUUCUUCGAGAACUCAACCGAUUUGAUGGCUCCGGGCCCUAUGAGUCCCUGAGCAGCCAGCCGCUGGGGCGUGGCACGUACUUGGAGAAGUAUGUGUACAUCUACCGGUCACACAAGACACAGGUCCUGGAUUCCUACCUGUACAACGACGAGAAUGACCUUUUUGCUCGGGAGCCCUUCGUGGCCCAGUUCACUUUGCCCAGCAAGGUCCUUCCCAGCCUGGUGCUGGUCCCACUGCACACCACUCCUACGGCUGUAGAGAAGGAGCUGAACGCCCUAUACGACGUGUUUCUUGAUGUCUCCCGGCACUGGCAGAGCAAGGACAUGAUCCUGCUUGGGGACUUCAAUGCUGACUGCACUUCGCUGACCAAGAAGCGCCUAGGUGAGCUGAUACUGCGGACGGAGGCAGGCUUCCGCUGGGUGAUCGUCGACGGGGAGGACACCACGGUCCGGGCCAGUACCCACUGCACCUACGACCACAUCGUGCUGCACGGAGAGCGCUGCCAGAGCCUGCUACAGGCUGCGGCUGCCUUCGACUUCCCUAGGAGCUUCCAGCUCACCAUGGAGGAGGCCCUCAACAUCAGUGACCACUACCCUGUGGAGGUGGAGCUGAGCCGGGUGGCGCACACUGUGCAGUCCUUCAGCCUGGCCACUCUGCUGUUGCUGUCACUCCUGCUGUCGCUCCUGCCCCGUCGGCUGGGCUUGGUGGCCUAACCACCUCCACCCCCAGGCCCUCCUCCCGCAGAUGUCAUGGAGACACUGCCUUUAGGACUCCAACCUUGGUGUCAGAAGUAACUCCUGAGGGUCUCCAACUGCAGUCCCCCCUCCAUCUGACUGCAGCACUGCCCCACGUGACUGCAGUCCCCCUCCAUCUGCCUUUGGUUUGGUUGGGCUUAUCCCGGAGGCUGCACCCAUGCCAUCCCCCCACAGGUAGUGUCAGGAUUGGAGACAGCAGGCCCGAGGCAGGGGGAGGGGAAGGGAGGGCUCAGAAAAGGGAAAUACAACAGAUCAAAAGAUUCUGUGAGAAAAAGGAAACCUGCACAACACAGAUAACAAAAAGCCGGAUUGGGACAUUACCUGUGUGUAGCAGAUAUGCCAACUGGCUACCUUUACUGUACACAGAAUUCACGGGAAUCAAGAGAACAUUAAGGCCUUAGUAGAUACGAGGAUGGAGAUAAGCAGUUACACCACCACCACCAAAUGGAAAACGUUUAGGCUCAUUGUAACCCAGUGAAUGAAUAGCCUGAAAACAGCCGUCAGGCCUGUUCAUAACCACUGCACAGCCCUGCUUCCACCCAGUGGGGUGCUGUCAGUCCAUCUUGGCACCUGGUACGUCAGUCUGGAGGAUCUGAACCCUUGACCUUGGUGUUAUCAGCACCAUGCUCUUUACCAAGUGAGCUAAACAGCCAGCCCCAUAGCAAAACUUCAACAGUGAUUCUAUCUAGGGUGUUGGUAUCAUGGGGUCCCCUCCUCUACAGUACGUUUUCCAAGAAACGAGCUCAGUAAAAACACCUAUUGAGAUGUCAGGACCAUUUAAAGUGCAAAUCACAAUCCUGUUUUUUCUUUUUUUGUAUGUUUAUGGUUUCUGAACCAUCUCCCAACAUCAAAAAUAAAGGUAAUUUAAAACUUUA